AUGGCUCCCCAAAUGCCAUUAUCGCAUUCUGAUGGUGCUCUGAAGAUCGUCGACGUUGAUGUGGAAUCAGGUUUCACCUUCUUCGAUUCAUCCUUUAUUGAAAAUGGGUUAAGUCUUGAAGAAUUAAAAUGGAAAUUCUAUGAAAACAGCACUGCUGUUGGACCACCGCUUUCUGUCGAUAUCUCGAACUCUCCUCCUGUGGCUAUAGAGGCCAAUCUGGUUCUUGUUCCCGUCGGUGACGUUGAUCGGCCGUUUUUUCCCUUACUGUCGGAUGUUGCUGCUCUGGUUGAUUCUAUUCCAUGCGAAGGAGUCAACCCUCAUCCUUAA